GCGCGGCACGGCGGCAUGGCGGGGGAGCGGGCGGUCGGGCUGGUGCGGGAGCUGCAGAGCGCUGCGGGCGGGCGGCUGCCGCCCUUCCGGGCGGAGGAGCUGCGGCAGACGCUGGAGGAGAUGCGGACGCUGUACGAGCGGAACCAGGCGGAUGUGUCCGAAGCGAAGUCGGGCCGGACGGAUUUGAUUUUCCUCAUCCGGUUUCGGCACUGUUGCCUGCUCCGCAACCAGCGCUGCAUCGUGGCUUACCUGUAUGACCGGCUGCUGCGGAUCCGGGCGCUCCGGUGGGAGUAUGGAAGCGUCCUGCCCAACGCCAUCCAGUUCCACAUGGCAGCCGAGGAAGUGGAGUGGUUCAAUCGGUACAAGAAGUCCCUGGCUACCUACAUGAGGUCAGUGGGAGGAGAGGAGGGACUGGACCUUACACAGGACAUAAAGCCUCCCAAAAGCCUGUACAUCGAAGUACGGUGUUUGAGAGACUAUGGAGAAUUUGAGAUCGAUGAUGGCACCACUGUCUUGUUGAAGAAGAACAGCCAGCACUUCUUGCCUCGCUGGAAAUGUGAGCAGUUGAUCAGACAAGGAGUCCUGGAGCACAUUCUGUCAUAAGCGUGCAGGACAGGAGGGACAGCCUUUGCUUGGUGGAGUGUGCAAUGGAAAGAGAACCCUGGUGUGUGCAGGACUUCAGCCACCUCAGUAUUUCAAAGCACCCUCCAACUCCUCGUAACAGCUUGACAUGAAUAUCAGCUCCAAGCUUAUGAAGUAUGCAAACCAUAUUGGCCAGCACUUCAUGACCAAAGGGUGCGUAGCAGUAACACAGUAAGCCUGAGAGUCCUGCAGUGGGUGGAGCGAUGUUUGUAAGCCCCACAGCUACAAGCAGGGUUUGUGAAUGCAGUUUUGCUUGGAGCAGUUCUUUGUGCCUUAGGAAGUAAGAGACUGACCAGCUGGGAGAGUUCCAUAGCUGCCAAAUUUAAAAAACUGCUUCAGCUUUCAAUGUUAAUAGCUCUUCAAGAGUCUCUGUUCUGUUCAUUAAAAGCUCUCUGACCUGGCUCUUUUGUUCAACUCAGCUUGACUGUGCAGGGUGAUGCUCAGGUGGUCAUUAGGUGUCUCACUGAACUUCAACCAUCAGGUCAGCUCCAAGAGUUUCUUUCUGAGGCUAGACACAAAGCUUUGCCUCCCAUCAGAAGCAUAUGAAUGUGGUUUUUUUAAGCUGGUGAGUGAACAAGCACUGCAGCCUGGGUCACAGGUCUAGCCCAGGUUUCUCCCAGCAUGCUUGUGCUGUACUUCAGGUUUCUCUGUGGAGACACUUUUCCCCAAAGCACCGUCACUAUUUGGAGGAGGGGUGGGAGAUGGAGCAGAAGGUUCUAAAAGUUUUGUUAGCACAAAACUGAUGAGACUGAGAAGUUGCUUUCCCCAUGGUUUUCUUAGUGGAG